AUGUCCCUCGUAUCCGGUCCUGGCCGUGCCGGUACAACUGGUCUUCCUGAGGAGUUACGACUUGUGAUAGAACCCCAUGUGAAGUACAUUCAGAGUCUUGAUUCGCGAAGAGAUGAACUAGAAUACUGGCUUACAGAGCAUCUGCGUUUGAACGGUUUAUACUGGGGCCUUACCGCGCUACAUCUUCUCGGUCGCCCAGAUGCUCUACCCCGCCAAGAGACAAUCGAUUUCGUCCUGAGUUGUCAGAGCGAUAAUGGGGGGUUCGGAGCUGCCCCCGGACAUGAUGCGCAUCUACUAUCCACCUGCAGUGCGAUACAAAUAUUGGUCAUGGUAAACGCCAUCGACGAGCUGGAAAAGAAGGGUAAAGGGGAAGGCGGAGGGAAAAUGGGCGUUGCAAAUUAUAUUGCAGCUUUACAGAAUCGUGAUACAGGAACCUUUGCAGGUGAUGAAUGGGGAGAAGAAGAUACUCGUUUUCUGUACACAGGGCUCAAUGGAUUAUCAUUACUACACCUGAUGGAUCUAGUCGACGUGGACCUCGCGGUACAAUACAUCAUGUCCUGCGCGAAUUUCGAUGGAGGCUAUGGAGUCAGCCCUGGUGCCGAAUCGCAUUCUGGUCAGAUAUUUGCCUGUCUCGCGGCACUGAGUAUCGCCAAGCGUCUCGAUGUUGUAAAUGUGGAUAAGCUUGGCAGGUGGUUGAGCGAGAGGCAGGUCGAGGCCGGGGGUUUGAACGGGCGCCCGGAGAAGUUAGAGGAUGUAUGUUAUAGUUGGUGGGUUGCCAGUAGUUUGACCAUGAUUGGAAAGCUACACUGGAUAGAUGGCAGCAAGUUGACGCAAUUUAUAUUGAAGUGCCAGGAUCCGGAAAAUGGUGGUAUUGCCGAUCGACCUGGUGAUAUGGUUGAUGUAUUUCAUACUGUUUUCGGUCUGGCUGGCCUAUCACUGCUCGGGCAUCCAGAUCUUGAAGAAGUUGAUGCAACGUAUUGCAUGCCAAAACGAAUCAUAGAACGAGUACUUGGAUAA